AUGUCACCAGAAAUUUUAGUAGGAACAAUUGGAUGUGAAACGCAUGCUUUACUUAAAUGUGAUGUUUAUGCUCUUGGUAUUGUUUUUUGGGAAAUAUUAUCACGAUAUGAAAAUGAAGAUAAUUCAAAUCAAUAUGAAAUGGCAUAUGAAAAACAAUUAAUUGAACAUGGUUUAAAUAGUGUUAAUCCUCAAGUAAAUGAUAUGUUACAAAUAAUUAAUCUUGAAAAACCUUUUAAUCGUCCAUUAAUUAAAAAUAAUUGGAUUAGAUCAAAUAAUAAAUCAAUUAAUGAAAUUGUUUAUACUAUAGAACAAUGUUGGGAUCAAAAUCCUGAAGGUCGAAUAAGUGCAGCUUUAGUUGCAUUAAGAAUGAGACAAUUAUUAUUUAAAUAA